GCUGCUAUGCAUUUUGGGUAAAAGUGUUUCAGUAAACAUGGCGUCCCGAGCACUCGUGCGCUCUGUAAGGUUAUUACAGCACAGCGGAAUCAUUAAAUCCGCCAGCCGAAGAUCACUGACUGUGGUUCAGACAGCGAAAUGGACGCAGCAUUUACGGGUCCCCACUCCAGCACUGCAGUUGUGUCGGCUGUAUUGCGAUUCGCAGCCGUUAACUCUGCAGAGCAUCGAAGAGCGUGUCAUGAAUGUCCUUCAACUGUAUGACAAGAUCAAACCAGAGACGCUUCAGACAUCAUCACACUUUAUGAAGGAUUUGGGACUGGACAGUUUGGAUCAGGUGGAAAUUAUCAUGGCAAUGGAAGACGAGUUUGGGUUUGAGAUUCCAGAUACCGAGGCAGAGAAGCUGAUGACUCCUGCAGAAGUCGUACAGUACAUCGCCAGUAAAAAGGACGUGAAGUGAUGAUAAAGCCCCGCUUUCCAAGCAUCAACAUAUUCGACCUGCACCUUUUCUGUCCGUCACUGGUUUUGUGUAAUGUUUAUUAAAUAAAAAUGAUCAUGUACAUUUGAACAAUAAACAAUAAUCUGAAAUAUCA